ACUGAGAGCAUCUGGCUCCGGCUCCUGGUCCCACUGCUGCCCAGCCAAACAGCAUCACAGGACGCCAGGUUCCCAGGAAGCAGCUGAGACAGUGUGGUGAUGAAGACCCUGAGGGGCAGCCUCCUGGCGCUGCUGCUGCUGCUCCUGGGUCCACUAGAUGUCUCCCAGGCCCAGACCAGCUGCACUGGGCACCCGGCCAUCCCUGGAAUCCCAGGCAUUCCUGGGGUACCAGGCGCUGACGGCAAACCUGGGACCCCAGGGACAAAGGGAGAGAAAGGGCUGCCAGGGCUAGCUGGAGACCACGGCGAGUUUGGAGAGAAGGGGGAUCCAGGGACUCCCGGCAAGCCAGGAAAAGUCGGUCCCAAGGGCCCCGUGGGCCCCAAAGGCACCCCAGGGCCCCCCGGAGCCCCUGGCCCCAAGGGUGAAUCGGGAGACUACAAGGCCACGCAGAAAAUCGCCUUCUCUGCCACGCGAACUAUCAAUAUUCCCCUGCGGAAGGACCAGGUGAUCCGCUUCGACCACGUGAUCACCAACGCGAACAACAACUACGAAUCCCGCAGUGGCAAGUUCACCUGCAGGGUGCCCGGCCUCUACUACUUCACCUACCACGCCAGCUCGCGAGGGAACCUGUGCGUGAACCUCAUGCGGGGCAGGGACCGUGACAGCACGCGGAAGGUGGUCACCUUCUGCGACUACGUCCAGAGCACCUUCCAGGUCACCACAGGCGGCAUCGUGCUCAAGCUGGAACAGGGGGAGAACGUCUUCCUGCAGGCCACUGAGAAGAACUCCCUGCUGGGCAUAGAAGGUGCCAACAGCAUCUUCUCUGGGUUCCUGCUCUUCCCGAACCCAGAGGUAUGACCUGUGGGGCUGAUUCAUACCCCUCCCCACCCCGUCGCCCACCAGCAGCGCUCACUUCACCCCCACAUCACCCCUGCCCAGCCUCCAUGGAUGUUGCUGAAUGAAUGAGUAAAUAAACUCCUCAUGGCCAAGGGCCAGUGGUCUAAUUCAA